UGCAACACUAGUUGUUUAGGGGAGUGUCUUGCGUUAUUAAUGCUGAGUGGCUCUGUGGUUCAAGGUCGUUAGUCAUCCGCUGGUACUGCAGGAGACACCGGAGCGCUGAGCCAGAGCUCUUCAUCCAACCCUCUGGGUCCUCCCAGGCCAGCAGGAUGAAGGAGUCCAGGCAAACAUUUCUUAAUUUAUUCUACAUCCUCUGGCUCUUGCUGCUGCUGAAGACUGCCUCUUGCUCCCCUCUACCCCGUGGAAAAGACCCACGAGCCCCUUCGCUCCCCUUUGGGCUGUACAAAGGACACACCUGUGUUGGAUGCGUGCUUGUGGUGUCUGUCAUCGAACAGCUUGCACAGUGGCACAACAGUACAGUGAAGGCAGCUGUGGAGAGGCUGUGUGACUACAUACCUGAAAAACUGCAAGGUUUCUGUUAUGUGCUUGCUGAACUUUACGGACCACACAUAGCUGAACUCAUAGACAGGGAAAUGAAUGCCGAUGUGGUUUGCCAUUCCUUGAGGCUGUGUAAACAGGAUCCAGGACAACCACUUUGUCAUCUCUACUCUCCUCCAAAGGUGGGACUGAGUGUUGCAGUAAGAAAAGCAAAAAGAAUUAUGAAGACUUCCAAGGACUUGAAAAGCUUCAUGGGGUUCUCAAGUGUAUGUGCAUUUCCUCUUCUGGCUAGCCUGUGUGAGAAGAUUAAAUAUGUUCUAAGAAAUAAACUGCCUUUUGAAGAUUUUGAUGGAGAUAAAUUUAGCACCUUCCCAACGUUGAGGGGCUAUCACUGGCGAGGCAGAGACUGCGACGACAAAAACACAACCGUGUACCCUGGCAGGCGUCCUGAUAAUUGGGAUGCAAAAAGUGACUCUAACUGCAAUGGCAUAUGGGGUGUAGAUCCAAAAGAUGGAAUUCCCUAUGAGGAAAAGUUCUGCAAAGGUGCAGACUCCAGAGGGGUCGUGCUCCUGGGAGACUCGGCCGGCGCUCACUUCCACAUCCCUCCCGAGUGGAUGACCGUCACACAGAUGUCAGCGAAAUCAUUUGCUAAUCUCCCUAUGGCUUUCAGUGAUGAGUUUGACUGGCCCCAGUUCUCAGAAAUCACUGGAUUUCUCAAUUCCACCAUUGGAGGGUGGACAGACUCUCUGUAUCUACGUUUACGCAAGAGAAAUCGCUGUAAUCACAGAGACUUGCAGAACAUUUCCCAAAAUGGUGGUUCUUCAGGAAACCUCCUCUCUUUAAUAAAAAGUUUUGCCAGAAACCAGCUGUUGGACAAUCCAGCCAUAGUUAUCUACGCUACAAUUGGGAAUGAUGUCUGCAAUGGGGAACGUGACACACUGGCUCACAUGACCACACCCAAAGAAAUGCUCUCCAACGUAGUGCAAGCUCUGCAAUACCUGGACACCUGUCUUCCAAAAGGCAGCCAUGUGAUUCUAACAGGCUUGGUGGAUGGUCGCUUCCUCUGGGAUAACCUGCAUGACAGAUACCAUCCUCUAGGACAACUGAACAAGGAUGUCACGUACAGUCAACUCUACUCUUUCCUCGACUGCCUCCAGGUGAGCCCCUGCAGCGGCUGGCUGACCCCCAAUGAGACCCUCAGGAAUCUGACUUCGGAGAGAGCGUUACAACUUUCAAAUGUUCUGAAAGAAAUAGCAAGAUCUGAGAAAUUUGCCAACUUUGAUAUUUUCUACAUGGAUUUCCCACUGAGACAAACUGCCGAGGAGUGGCGCAAGAUGGGAGGCGAGCCCUGGCAGCUGAUCGAGCCAGUCGACGGCUUCCACCCCAGCCAGGGAGAAUGCAAAAGCCCUGAGCAUCGCAAACUGGAACCAGAGACGCUUGGAAGAUUCUUAAUGUUUAUGUACAGGCAGGAAAGCACAGCUUGAGCGUGAUUAGCUUCUCCCUUUUUCUUCCUUAAGUCAUAGCAAAGCAUGUUCCAGCCAGAAAUAAAGUGGAAAAGCUGAAGUGGCGCAUAUCAGAUGAGUUGGGUAUUUACACUUGGCUGAGAAUCAUGCUUAUCACCUGUUUGGUGCAGAAGGGGAAAAGUAGAUAGCUAGAAGCUGCUGAAAAACCACAGCUGCCUCCCAGUUGCAGUCACCCAGAGCUCUGUGAAGAAUGGGUAAUACUUCCUUUUAAAAACUUGCUUAGGGGUUGUCAUCUUCACAACAACAACAACAAAAUAAAAUUUGCAAAGCUUAUAAAAAUUAUACCACAUCUCAAAGUACAAGAACUCUGGAAUUUAAAAAAGACCUGCAAGAAAGCAAUUUCCAGAGUCACAAACCCUUCUCUGUGCUAAACUACUCAUCCAGAAUUAAUUACUGAAAUCAUUGGGACGUCAAAAAAUUAUAUGUGCACAGAACCUAAUUCAAUUUAGGGCAGUCUAAGCAUAUAUACCUUAAAUUAGCGUCAGCAUUAGUCUGAACACUGUAGAGCAUACCUCCAGUGAGACCUUUGCAAAGGAUGUACCAUGCAAAGACAGUAAGGUUUUCUAAGCCACCCACCCAACCAAUUAACCAAUCCCAUCUUUCCUGCUAAAAACACACAUGGAAGGCUUAGUGAGGUUUGUGAAGGAGGUUUGGAGACCACCAUGCCAGAAUGGAUCGCUCUGACAGGGACAGGUCUCAGUCCCCUGGCAGCCAUAGAGUGUCCCAGAAUAACAUUUAGUCAGAAUAGAAACUGCAACCAGGAGAAAACCCUCUAAUGAAAAAACCUCCACUAUCCCUCUUCCCUGCCCCAGUUCCUUCAUUAGCUUAACAAGACUUUGAGAGACCAGAGUCUAAGAGCCUCCACCCCACAAAUGUUACUCUUUGUACAUGAGCCCUUAAAUAAAAGAAAGAUAUUUGUCUUCCA